AUGACAUCCACGAGGCAGCAGAAACAGCUUCAGUCGCUGCAACAGCAGGAUCCUGAAUCAAUUGAUUAUUCUCACGAGUUUGAUCAGACUCAUAUUAAACCAGGCCAAUAUGUCAUGAUUCGAUUGCCUUCAGAAAACUUCCGAGUUUUACAGCUACAUCCAGGUCAGACGGUGAAUCUGGGAAAAUUCGGCAGUUUCAAAGUAGACGACAUUCUUAAUCAUCCAUAUGGAUAUACUUAUGAAAUUGGUGCUGAUAACAAACUAUCUAUUGUGAAUCAUAACUACGAAUUAGAUAACCAGGACGAGCCUGUAUCGGAAUUAGCUCCUCAUGAGAACAACCGAGAGCUGGUGGAUGAUUCCUCAGUACAGGGUCUGUCUAUGGCCGAGAUUGAAGAACUCAAAAAAGGUGGUCUGUCAGGAAAACAAAUCAUCGAAAAAGUCAAGACAUCACAUUCCAGUUUUGACAAGAAGACGGCAUUUUCAAAAGAAAAAUAUCUCAAGCGUAAACAACAGAAAUUCUUGAAUCAGUUCACACCUGAACCCAUUGGCAGUGCCGAACUGAUUGAUAUUUAUUUAGAUAAAGACGCUUCGCGUAUUCAGAAUAUGAGUGAAGAGUCUCUUGCAUUAAUGCUGAGUUUGGCCAAUGUUCGACCAGGAGGUACUUAUCUUGUUGUAGACGACAUCAGUGGAUUGCUUGUUGGAGCUAUGAUGGAACGAAUGGGUGGUGAAGGACUGAUUGUAGUGGCUCAUGAUAACGAGCAUCCUAAUCUCGAUGGACUACGAUAUAUGAACUACUCUCAAGGACUCAUUGCCAAAAUGAUCAAAACUGUCAAUUGGUUAGAGUUCUUUGAACCGUCGGAAAUCGAGCCGUUUGAGGAAAAAACCACUGAAGAGCUGCAGCAACUCAAGUCAAACCAACGAGGACAAUACUAUCGUCGUCGUACCAGAUAUAAUGACUCGGUUACCGUUCAAAAUCUCAUCAGCAAUUCCGGUUUUGAUGGAUUAUUAGUUGCUACUGGUCUUCAUUUAGCGUCCUUGAUCCCCCGUAUCAUUCCCGCUGUUGGCGGAUCACGACCAAUUGUAAUGUUCAGCGAGACCAAAGAAUUACUCACUGAAACAACCCUGGUCCUACAUAAGGAUUUCCGAGUCAUUUCUCCCACAAUCUUAGAGACUCGACUCCGUAAAUACCAGACACUUCCUGGCAGAAUGCAUCCUCACAUGACGUCUCGUGGCGGCGGUGGAUAUGUUCUCUGGGGAAUCCGUGUGUUCCCAGACGAAAAUGCCAAUGCUGUUGGUAAGGUCCACAGAAAGCGGAAAGCCACUGAUUCGGGUACAAGCACACCUGCUGAAGAAUAA